CGCGACGGCUUGUCAUUGCGCAGGCAGCAUCACAAGAUGGAGACCAACGAGGGUCAACGGUCAGCAGCCCAUGAAAUUGCCCUGGAAAUGUUCGCCGGGCAGACAGAGGGGACGGAGACUGAAGGCAGCAGCAGCAGCAGCAGCAGGAUACCGGUCAUUGAUCUGACAGGUCAGUGACGCACACGCACGUACUGCAAUGGCAGGUCCCUUUUUCUGCACAGGUCCGCCUGAGGUAGUUCGUCGGCAGAUAUGGGACGCAGCGGCCAACGAGGGCUUCUUCCAGGUCGGACAUCCAUCAACAACCACUCACUCAGACACGCAAGGGCGUGUUUGUGUUUCUGCACUCCAUUGGUUGUCAGGUAGUGGGUCACGGCAUCGACUGGGCCCUUAUCGAUGAGCUCUUCGCGAUGGCCGAGGCGUUCUUUGAUCUGUUCGGUGAGUGACAAUGGCUGGCUGGCUGGCAUGCACGCAAAUGGGUGUGUGAAUGCAUGAGUGUUACGGUGUUGCCUUCCUUCAGAUAAGGUGGAGGGUCAGUAUGGCUACACGACGUCAGCCAACGCCGGAUGGGAGAAGAACUGGCAGCGGAUCUGCAAUUCCGUCACUCCCAGCGACCUCAAAGAGUCAUUCCAGGUACUCACUCACCGCAAUGCACACACGGGCCCUGCACGCCAUUAGGUGUGUUGUUGGUUGUGUGCAGAUGACGCACCACACGGAUUUUAUCGAGGGCAGCCCUCUGUGGCCAAAAGAGCUGCCGCAACUGAAACAACAUGCAGCCCGAUUCAUGCAGGUCCGUCCGCCACACACACUGAUUGGACACACGAUUCGUACUAAUGCUUUGUGUCUGCAGGAGGCCCAUCGCGUGACGUUGGUGAUCCUGUCCCACAUCGCCGUCUCUCUUGGCCUGCCGCCGUCCUUCUUCGAGGCCCACCUGGACUGGCGACGGCCUAACCAUCAGUCGGGGCCGCGGCUGCAUAAGUAUCACGAUGUGACGGACACAUACAGGCACUUCCCACCCAACACACACCGGUGAGCAGCCACCCACCUGCACCAGAGGCCAUGUGUGGCAUGUGCAGCUGUCUGUGUUGUGUACACAGAAUCGCCGCCCACACAGAUUGGGCAUUAUUGACGCUGCUGUUUCAACGGGAGGGGCAGGGCGGCCUGCGAGUCAGUUGAAUGAGCGGGGCACACAGCCACAACACAUGAUGUCAUGUGAUCUGUUGCUCAAUGUCAGGUGUGUCCGGGCAUGUCGGUCUUGUCUCAGAGCAACCAGCAGCAGCAGCAGCAGGGCGGCACGAAGGAGCUGCAGUGGAUCGGUGUGGAGCCAAUGCGAGACGCCAUCUGUGUCAACAUCGGCGACAGCCUCAAGGGGUGGUCCGACGACCAGCUGCAGAGCACCUUCCACCGAGUGCGGCUGCCCAGAGAGGGCGAAUGCACCGGGUAAGUGAGUCACAAUGGCUGGCUGAGGUCUCAUGUUGUGAAUUGUGUUGUGCUGUCUGUGUGGUGGGCUGCUUAAGCAGGCCUCGUUAUUCGAUGGUGUAUUUCGCGCAGGCCAACAAGGACAGCAUCAUCCAGGGGCCGAACAGAACAUACCCACCCAUCAGUGAGCUGACCAACACACAGGGAACCAACGGUACGUAGAGAAAAGGGCGAUGGAAUGGCCGUGUGUGUGGUUUGUGCAGGUGCCGGUGACUUCAUUUGGCAACGGAUCAAGAGCACAUUUCCUGACAGAGACGCCAGCUGACAGACAGGUGGACACGUGAGGGCUGUGUAGGUGGCCGCCCAGACGCAUGUGUGUUGGCGAU